UCCUUUCUGUCUGUGGGCACAGAGGUCAGAAUUCAACCCAUGGGGAGGGCGGAGAGCGAUGGCUCCCAUCACGGAACUGUUGCGCCUGUCUCCCCUAUCUCUCCUCUUAAUUCUCCUGAUUCCUUGGAGGAGCUCUCUCUGUCUGACAGCCCCAAUCAAGCCCCCUUUACAGCUGUGCCAUUUGGCUCUGGCCCAGUGCCAAAUACUGGAGCCUUCUCCCAAAAAUUAGUCCAGGACGAGCCUCUGGGCGAAGAAGGGAGAAUGUUUGAAUGUAAAACUUGGGCUGACAACCUAAAUGUCAAAUCGGGCCUUGAUAUUGAUUAUCGUGAAGCUUCAAGAGGGCCAAGCAAAGAGGGCUUGAAGGCGGCUACCUACUCUCACAUAGAAAGCGAUAAUGUCCUGAGCUCUGUGUUUACCGCAAGGGUAGAUCUUGGGUCCAAGGUGGAUCAGGCGAGGUCGAUGCUCUGUGACGACAGUGGAGUUGCCUCCUCACCAGACGAGAAGCUAGGCAGUUCAGUGGGGUCUCAGGAGGACGGGAGAAUGGAUAGCGAUAAGGAAGGGUUUGAUAAAGUCUCGGGAUCAGGGGAAUCCGCUGGAUCCACUCCUACUCGGUCACCCAUAAACCAAAACCUUACCACUGAACCUUACAUUACAUAUGCCUCCUCUAACCCAACAGUGAAAUCAGAGGCAACGUACCUGGACUCAGAGGACAACAUCAAGGCAAAGGACACAUCGUCUCACAGCCUUUUCACUUCUAAAAUGUCUUGGUACGAAACCGAAUCGCUGACUAGUAAGGCUGACCCAGAAGAGGAUAGCUUCCUGCUUGAAAUUAAGAAUUCAGCCUCCACAAAGAAUCCUUUCCAGGGCUUUUCCCCCAUUAGCCAUUCUGGGGGUGGCUUUUCUCAGUAUGACGAGAUAGGGUCUGACAGUAGGGCAGUAAAGAUGUCUGAAAGCCCCACACCAGAUUUAGUGCAGUACGCACACGAUGACCUGCAAGAUGAUAUUCCAGCAAAGCACAUAGAAGAGGCACACUUUGACCUGGUUCACAAGGGCUCUGACUCUGUCAUGGACCCAUCCCAUCCCUCAGUACCUCUUUCAGCAUCUCCUAAGGAGCCUGAGGACUCCCCUGCCCAGCCUUCUCUUCCAGAUAUCCUAGAGUCCUCACCUUUAAGCUCCGGUAAGCAGGACUCUGACUUAUCAGAAGGAAGCUCUGAUUCCGAUCAUAGUCCAGUUCAGACAAUACGGAGAAAGACGCACCAUGUUCCCGUCACUCAUUCUGCAACGAACCCGUUUGCCUUUGAUGCCGACACCAAGAUUUCAGCGUUGAAGGACAAGACUGUGGAAACCGGAGCAAAGGGAGCAGAAAUGGCGGGACAUGCCAUUUUGCCAGGCCUCGACCAGACCUUUGGGUCAUUUGAUCUGGUGAAGGAAGUGGACAGACAUGAAUCUGCGCCGUACAUGAACCUGCAAACCAGCGUAGCGUCAAAAGCGGCUCCUGAAGAAUAUGACUCUGACAGCCCCAACACAGAUUCAUUGUCACCAGUUUUGGAAGCUAUGGCGAAAAAUCCAGCAAGUUUUCAAGUGGAGGCCGAGAGGAAGACUGAGGAGUCCCAAGUGCCACCAACCAAGCAGGCCAAGGAAUUUCUUGGAGGCAAAAUGAUUGUAGAUGAGCCAGAAGCAAGUGAAGAAGAAGGCUUUGAGCAGGAAGUCUCCUCAGAGGAGUUUGAGAUCAUAGAAAGACCCCCUAAGGGCAGCAUUGACGAGUUUGUAGAAAAACUGGAUCAUUCAAAGUUUGCAAAGGCACCAGAUAUGGGUGCAGAUGAGUAUGCUGAAGACGUGCUGUCUACUUUCAGCCAGGGAAAGGCAUUUGCAGACACAGGGUCAGAGUCCCGCAAAGCCGACUCACGCGAAAGCUCCUACACCCUGUUAUCCCAACCAUCGUCCACUGCUUCUCCUGAGAUGUUUGGCGCGGAGCUGGGAAACCCCUUCGCUCCCGUACGCCCAAUCAAAGAGGCCGCUCCUUCAUCGCAAACCCCUCUCACCCUCUUCACCGAAGAGGCGCCUAAGAAGGCCGCUCCAAGUCAAGAGAAGGGGGAGAAGAUUGAGGCCCUCCCCGAUGUGUCUACAGCCACAGGGCUGCCAGACCUGGGAAUGGAAGCAGUGGUGGACCUCCUGUACUGGCGGGAUGUGAAGAAGUCGGGCGUGGUGUUUGGGACCAGCCUGUUCCUGCUCCUCUCUCUCACCCUCUGCAGCAUCGUUAGCAUCUGCUCCUACGCCACCCUGGCCCUGCUCUCUGUCACCGUCACCUUCAGGAUAUACAAGGGCAUCCUGCAGGCCGUCCAGAAGUCUGAGGAGGGCCACCCCUUCAAGGCCGUUCUGGACCAGGAUGUGGCGCUGUCUCAGGACCUGGUUCACAAGUACAGUGACCUGGUUCUGGGCCGGAUCAACUACGCCCUGCGCGAACUGCGCCGCCUCUUUCUGGUGGAGGACCUGGUGGACUCCCUGAAGUUUGCUGUGCUGAUGUGGAUCCUUACCUACGUUGGUGCCUUGUUCAAUGGAUUAACUCUGCUUAUCCUGGGUCUGAUUUCUGCUUUCAGCUUGCCGGUUUUCUAUGAAAAAUACCAGACACAGAUUGACCAUUACUGUGGGCUGGUGAACAACCAAGUCAAAGAUAUUGUUGUAAAGAUCCAGGAUAAAGUUCCCGGGAUGAAGCGGAAGCCGGAGUGAGGAUGCACAGCUUGGGGGCGGGGCUGGGCUGAGUGGGUGGGCGGGGCUGGGCUGAGUGGGAGGAGCUAGGGGGUCAGCGCCAGUGACAUUGCAGUGUAAAAUUUCUUUCCAGUUUAGCAGCCAUUUAGUGUCAUUGAAAACUUAACUCUCCUUAACCUGUUAUUGGUUUUCCCGGCUCCAGUAUUUUAUACAGCACAUUAAAUUAGAUCUAAUUCUUAUUUAUCUUGUUUGAAACACUGGUUUGUAUUUACAAUGUUAAAAACAAACACAUACUGACACGUACAGAAACACAUGCAAACUCACAUUACACACAUUACACACACACACACACACUCACACAGGAGCCAAUAUGAUUUGAGAAAUUAGCAGGGACCUGUUUGGGUUUGUUUUAUGUUAAGGGAAAUUAUGGUGGAGGUGGAGUUGGUUGUUUUCUUGUGUUUUACCCACGGUUUGUAUGAUCUCAUGAGGACUGGUGGUGUUUUAUAUCAUUUUUUAUUUUAAAAGAGGGACUAAACUUACAAGAUGAGAUGGUACCAUCGUGGCAAAAAAAAGUAUAGAUUUUUUGGUAUGAUAAAAAUAAAGUAGUGCUAUUGUGAUUUUACCGUUUUAUCGAUUGACUCUGACUACGUAGUGGUUCACUAAGACCUUCUAGCUUUCUUGGUGUUCUGGAGCUGAUCUCUGAAUAGCUCCUUGGCACCUCGUGCUUUUCUGUAUUUCUAGACACAUUUAGCAUUUUUAAGAGGGGGAAAAAGUGCAAACAUUUUACUGUGAUCGUUGUUUUCAUCUCAUUGCCGCUGCCUAGUCGAAAACUCUGGAGGAACACGUUUACAAAUCGACUUUAAAAGAAAAAAAAAAACAAGAAAACCCCCCCCGCUCUUUGUUCUCUGUGGGCCAAUAAUCUUCAGCCGCAAAAACUAUGUAACCUGGAAACUUCAAGCAUUUGUUUGUUAUGCAAGUUAAUUGUGAAUGAAACUUCAUGCAAUUGUGCUGAAUUCUGCUCAGAACUCUGUGGAAUGCAUUGUGAAAUGUAAUAAACAAAUACAAAUAAAGCUUAUAGACGAA